GUAUGUGUGUGUCAGUGUACACACAGUGUCUGGCGGUGAGAGAGAGUGUGGGUUGUGUAAUUUUUGAUCCCCCCUUUUCUCGUUCUGCCCCCCUUCGCGCUGGUAGACGUCACACCGACUUAAAACAAGGAUAAAAAGUUGUCGACAGGGCAAGAGAGGAAACAACAAUCCGGAGAAUUUAGCUUUUGCGUAAACGGGGGGUGGGGGGUAGAGAGAGAAGUGGGUGACAGGGAGAGGGAGGGAAAGGACGGUGACGGCGACAUAGAAAGGGUGGGAGGGUGGUGUGGGAGGGAGAGGUGCACGCGAAAGAAUUCCCCUUCGUGGCAUACCAGCGUUUUCCUUUUCAUAGCAGCAACCCGCACUACAGUGGUCUAAUAAACAAACGCAUCGGUGAAGGUCGGUGGACCCUCUACAAGUGGAUGGGAAAGUGGGAGAGAACAUCGGUAAAGUAUGAGGAGCGGAUCUGAGUGCAGCGUGUUGGUGUUUCGGAUUUCUCUGUUUAUCUGGAUUUUUCUGACAAGGGCGGAAACACGGAUCUCUGGGAGAAAAGCUCGUCAAAUCCAGGAGACAGAGGGACUGGAGGCCAGCUGGGGGCCAUGGAGCUCAUGGGGGGACUGCUCGCAGACGUGUGGCGUGGGCGUGUCAGAGCGAAGGAGGCGAUGCCUGCCCAAACCCCGCACCUCGCACAGCUGGGAGCUGCCUGCCUUUCUGCCCCCGGGUCUUCCUAACCACACCCCUGUCGUUUCGGCCAUUCGCCCCCGCUACCCCUCCCAGUACCCACUAACUGAUACGUAUGCUUACAGGGGUGGCGAAAGACGGCCUUUCUAUUCGCCGUUAUCAUCGGCCAAUCAGAACGCCAGGAUUCCUGUAUUUAGACACAGUCAGGGGUCUGGUCUUCCUGAUCAGGCCAGGCCCGAGGCUCCCCUGUCCUGGAGAGACUUUCCUCCAUAUAAUCAAGAGUCUGUUUCUGUUUAUCGUCCUCCCUCCUUCCCCUCCUCCUCCAUUAAUUACGGGCAGGUGGGGAGGUCCCCCUGGCCACCUGACAGCGAGGGCACUGGCAGAGUUAGUGGAGGCGGGAACAGGAGGUCAGUGCCAGCCAAUCGGGAUGGAGUGUCUCCCAGAAGGUCCGUGUCACCAGCCUCCUCCAUCCGCCCAGGUCAGUUUGGUUACGGCCGGAUGCCCUUCUCUCUGCCUCUGCAUCGGCAGAACCGCCACGCCCGGCACUCCGUCCAUGAGGGCAACAGCUCCAGCUCCGCCGCUGCUGCCGAGGACGCCCCCCCACCAGGGGACGGCGGUGUGGGUCUGGCUGAAUCCGAGGAGCACCUUGGAGCCGAGGAGGACUUGGGGGAGGUAGAGCCGGAGAGGCAGGUGGGGACAGGAGGGGGGAGGAGCAUCACAUCUGCGGGGCUCCCUGACCCCAGACCGGACGAACGUGUUGAGCAGGAGCCCCGCUGGCCGGGUCAAGCGACCACAGACAGCAGGAGCGUAGGACUCACGCACGGACGCCCAGAUGAGGUCCCGCCCAGUCUGGUGGAGAGAGACAGGCCUGCCCAAUUCAUCCCCCGUGUCCGCACACCACCGUACCCCAGCCGCGAAUGGCAGCCUGAGCAACGGGCCCCUUCUCCAAACUCCCGCCCGGCCUACCCCCCUUUCUGGCAGCCUUUGCCCCACAGGGAGCCUCUGUACAGCUUUGCUCCCCCCUUGCCCCCCACUCACCCCCUGCAGCUGCCACCGGGUUCGCCCUCAAACCCCAACAUCUGGCUGCUGCCUCCCCAGCAGCCCGGCGAAGAGCCAGAAGGGGGGGGUGAGGCAGUGAGUGAACUGAGGCCAGCUGGAGGCAGAUGGAGGCCCGGCGGCCCACCCCCGCGAAACUUCAAGUGCUCCGGACCGGAGAAGGAGUAUCGCAGAUGCAGCUCCCAGGUGUGCCCAGGGGGCGCUGUGGAUCCUAGGGUGGAACAGUGCUCGUCCUUCAACAGCAAGGAGUUCAUGGGCAGGCUGUAUGACUGGGAGCCCUUCACUGAGGUGGGUGCUGUUCAGCAGUGUGAGCUCACCUGCCGGCCUGCGGGUUUCCGAUUCUACGUACGACAGGCGGAUGCGGUGAGAGACGGCACGCCUUGUGUUAACAGCACCGUGGCCGGCGUGUGCGUGGGUGGGCACUGCCUGAGCGAGGGCUGCGAUGGCAUUCUGGGUUCAGGCCUGGUGCGGGACCGGUGCGGUGUAUGCGGGGGCAGGGAUGCAUCCUGCCGGAGAGUUUCCGCAACCUUCAAUGACACCAACGUGUCCCUGGGCUACCAUCACAUCCUGGACAUCCCUGUGGGGGCGACAGCCAUCAACAUCACAGAAAGGAAGGCCAGCCCCAACUACCUGGCUCUGCGCAGUGGUACAGGCCAGUCUGUGGUGAACGGCCGCUGGGCAGUGGACCCUCCUGGGGAGUAUCAGGCUGGGGGCACCACCUUCUCCUACAGCCGCCCACGGGCCAGCACUGAGGGAAGGGACGAUGGCUCAGGGGAGACACUGAUGGCCCCCGGCCCCACCAGCACUUUGCUGAAACUCUAUAUCAUCCACCAUCGAAAAAACCCAGGGAUCGACUACGAGUUCUACAUCCCGGUGGAGAGCGAGCAGGGUGGAGAGCAGAGAGGCCUCCGCCAGGAGAUAGGUGUCCGCUCUCCGGUGUUGGACAUCUCCAUCCCUGGUGCCCCGCCCCCUGCCCUGUCUCCCGCAGCGCGGUCCUGGGCUCCUGAACAGCCCCGGGCACAAGGCCUGGGCCCCAGUCGCAACGUCCGCAUCCCGCCACGCACCGACCUGCCUCUCGACACGCAGCCACCCUUUGUCUGGAGGAGGGGCCUGCUCACUGAGUGUUCCGCCUCCUGUGGUAAAGGCAUUCAGCACAGGGUUGUGUACUGUGUCAACCAUCACACCGAACAGGAAGUGCCAGAAGUGAAAUGUGACUCUUCUACGAAGCCGGAUACAGAGGAGGAGCCCUGUAACCUCCACCCAUGUCCACCAUUCUGGGAGGUGAGCUCCUGGUCCGACUGCAGUGUCACCUGCGGCUCCGGGCUCCAGCAGAGGCAGGUCCAGUGCAGACAGAGCUUCGGGAACCGCUCCACCAUGGUGCACCCCCAGCGCUGCUCCUCGCUGGUCCGGCCCAAUGCCACACAGCCGUGCCACCCCCACGUCUGCUCACAUUGGGAGAUCCGCACCAACUGGAGUGCAUGCUCCGUGGACUGUGGCUCAGGGAAGAGGACUCGCAGUGUCCGCUGUGUCAGUAACCAGGGCGACAUCGUGAGUGACAGGGAGUGCAGUGCCAGGCUCCGCCCCCAGGGCACAGAGGACUGUCACAUGGGGCCCUGUACUACAAACUGGUACUUCACUGAUUGGACGCAGACUUGCUCCGCCCAAUGUGGGCCCGGCAUCCAGAGGCGGGAGGUGCUGUGUCUGUCCAGCGGGGGAGGUGGAGGUGACUGCAUGGGAGAGAAGCCGCUAGAUAUGAAAGCUUGCAAUGGGGGCCGCUGUCUCCCCGUUGAGCUGUGGUACACUGGACCCUGGGGCCCGUGCAGCUCCUCAUGUGGGAAUGGAACACAGCGCCGGGACGUCAUCUGCGUCCAGAAACUGGGGAGCGAUUUUAACGUGACACCACCUGCUAGCUGCGCGCACCUGGAGAAGCCGGCCGUGGUGCAGACGUGCGAGGUGGAGCCCUGCGGGCCGCAGUGGUUCACCACAGAGUGGAGCGCGUGUUCCCGCUCGUGUGGCAGAGGCUCCCAGACGAGGGAGGUGCGCUGUUUGACGGUGGACAGGCGACCCAGCCUGGCCUGCGACGCCUCCUCUAGGCCGGAGAGGGAGCAGCCGUGUAACACCCUGCCCUGUGGCCCACAUGUCUCAGAUGAAAACUGCAAGGACAAGAGACAUAACUGCGUGAUGGUGGUGCAAGCUCGCCUCUGUGUGUACUCCUACUACAAGACAGCGUGCUGUGCGUCCUGCUCUCAGAGCACGCAGAGGGCCCGCAGGCAGUGAUCCCCCCCAAAGCCACCCCCCUCCCCUCCCCUCCCUGGGAGUGUUCUUUCUGCCCUGUCAUAUAGGUAACACCCAUCUCGCAUCCUGCUCUCUGACAUAGUACUUUGUACGCACCAAAGAGGAAAUCCCAGAAGCAGUCAGUGGAGACCCUUCACUCUUUGGCAACCAUGGCAACCAUGGGGGUAUCCUCCACAGGGCCCACCAGAACUGCACCCCAAUACUGUGGAUGAGUAACGCUGUGUCACAUGGCGGACACGGGGGUGGUUACAUCACAGGCAGCACAAAUGCAUUUCAGUGUAACGGCAGAGAACCCUGUGGCCAGGGGGCAGGUUAAUCAGCAGCCUGGGUGAUAGUUCAGUCUCCUAAACCUCCCAUCACCCUCAUGGUAGUUAUAGCACCACCCUGAGGUAGGAAUGAGCGAGUCCAGCACCAUACUGCCGUCGCUGAGUAUGGGCAAACUUCAUCUCACCUUUGCCUGACCAUUUGGCCCCAUUCUAAGUUACAUUAGCGCACCUGCUCUCAGAAUAUUGGCAGAAAAUACCUUUUAAUCGCCCUGAAUGUACAGGGCAGAUGUUUAACGGAGGCACAAAAACAAAAUAAUUUCACAGAGAAAUGAAAUGUUUACAGCAUUAGUGUGCCUGAGCCGCACCUCUCACACAGAAAGGGGUGAUUCUGUGCACAGGUACCGCGGCCUCUGUCUCGUGUCGCGUCGUUACCCGUCUGCGCAGACAGGUACCGCGGCCUCUGUCUCGUGUCGCGUCGUUACCCGUCUGCGCAGACAGGUACCGCGGCCUCUGUCUCGUGUCGCGUCGUUACCCGUCUGCGCAGACAGGUACCGCGGCCUCUGUCUCGUGUCGCGUCGUUACCCGUCUGCGCAGACAGGUACCGCAGCCUCUGUCUCGUGUCGCGUCGUUACCCGUCUGCGCAGACAGGUACCACAGCCUCUGUCUCGUGUCGCGUCGUUACCCGUCUGCGCAGACAGGUACCGCAGCCUCUGUCUCGUGUCGCGUCGUUACCCGUCUGCGCACAAGUACCGCAGCCUCUGUCUCGUGUCGCGUCAUUACCCGUCUGCGCAGACGUUCAUACCCCUGCUUAGAUUCCCCAUGUCUCUCUGAAUGCCCAGAACCAAACCCUAACCCCUAUGAUAGUAUCUGCCAAGCAGCCCUCUGAUCUGUGAGAUGCCACGCUGUCCACUCUUUGCCUGGAUUUUAUGUAUAGAAACCUUUGUUGUUACUGUUUUGUUGCGAUGUUUGUUCAAUGUUUAGAGACACACACAUACAUGUAUCAAGUAUAUUUUUAAGGCAAUGUUAUAUUUUUAUACGUAUAUUUUGGCUAUAUUUGCAUAUUCUCUUCUGGUAAAAAAAUAAUAUUUUUUAUCUUUACACCACAUUCACAUUACUAAAAUUGUUAAUGCUCUUCACCUCCCUAUAUAUUUAUAUUAAUAUAUAUUGCAACUGAGAUAUUGAAGUCCAUAUAUAAUGCAAUAGACAUUUUUGGUUAUUAAAGUGUUAAUAUAUUACUGAACACAUUUGUUUUUAAGACUUUUUGCAGCAGCUGGAGGAGGAUUCGCUGUCUUCCACCUGAAGCACUCCAGUAAAACGUGGGUCACGAUUAAUGGAUAAAAAUGUCACUCAUUUUGGGAAAAAGCUUUGGGAGCCAGUCAGAUCAAUGGUAUUUUCUAAGGCUUUGCAUUUCAAAUGACCGAGAAGCUCACGUUUAAGAAUCACGUGUGAAAUGAUGACUUUGCAUUUCAGGGCCCCAAAAAAAUCUGUACUUGGACAAAUCUGAUGUUUACGGUCAGAACGCACUGUAAGUAACACCUGUACAUAUUCAAACACCAACUGGAACAGGUCUGCAAAUCACACCUGACCUCAGUGAUGUAUCACAAGGGUUGUGUCAUACCCAUUGGUUUCUGAAGGAGUGAUAGAAAUGACUGAGGCUUCUCAUGAUCGUGAUGCCAAACAGUGAUGUCAUUAGGGGUGUGUUUCUGCCGUGAUGAACAGGACUAAUUGUGACUCGGCUGCAGGAUACGGGCAGUACAGGAUCGGACUGAGUGAAAUUCAUCUGUCUGACACAGAUGAUGAAAUUCUUAUGGAUUCCGCUAAUACCCAGAUACGUGUGUAUGUAUGUUGUGUAUUUCCUGUGUUUUCAUUUUCCUUUGUGUCCAGAAUUGCUUUAUUAGAAAUAAAACUUUUAUAUUUAAAAGACAUAAAAUCAAUAGUAAUUUAUCUAUUAUAAAAAAAAAACGCGUAAUUUAUUUUUGUCUUCUGAAGGAUCUUUCGUAUGUUUCUGUUCGACUUCUGCUAGAGGUAUAGAGUGAGGUUGAUUUGUCCUUUUUACAUUUUCGAAAGAUAAACAGGAAUUUUAUCACACUGCCUCGUUUGAAAUAAAUGAUUAAUUAAACAUCUUAAA